AUGCGAUCUAAAAGGAUAGCUAGUUCCACCGGAUCUGCUUCUAAGACUGUUUCCAAGAAGCCUAAAUUAGACCAAAAAUCUACAAUUAAAAAGACCCAAAAUGAUAAGAAAGUUCCGAAACUGCCACCAAAAGCUGUUAAGAAGAUAUUAAAAUUAACGUCAAAAACUGUUAAUUACACGCUAUGCAUUCCUACAAGUAUUUUAGACAAUUGCUCAAACUUAGAACAAAUUACUCAUACUAUCUACCAAGUUGCAAAAAGCGCUACCCUUUUCAAUGCCUGGGAGAUCAUUGUUCUUGACCUUGGCGACAGUCUUGAAAAACAGCACAAAGGUGAUCUAGAGGGUAAGAAAGCGCCGCAGAAGAAGAUCAAGUUCAAUGAGCCGGCUGCAUCCGUUGCUCUAACGGCAUCUACCGACAAGGCUGCUGCUUCCUCAUCUUCCUCCUCGACGAGAAAAAAGCUAACACGUGCUAUGCUAAUCGCAACACUGCUGCAGUACUUCGUAACUCCUCCAUACUUAAUAUCAUCUGUUUUCAAGAAAAAGUAUGCCGGCUAUUUCAAGGUUGCUGCGAAACUCCCAAGGCUUUCAGCUCUACCGUUCAUGCGCCACCUUUCAGAUGACAAAGGCAGGUACAGGGAGGGGCUUUCCGUUCGCAUGAAGAAGCCUACUACAAUUAACUGCUCCACUAGUAAAACAUCAAAGAUGCAGAAAAAGCCGUACGAAAAAACCAGCUAUAUCAAUAUAGGAAAGGGCGAAUAUUUGGAGCUAAAAGGGCAGAUGGUCCCUGUGAACGUCAGGGUUACAGUGGAUACCGUUAGCCGCAGAGUAGUAUCCCCAACGGAGGCCUAUGGCGAUUAUGUAGGAGUUAACGCUUCUUAUGGUUAUCAUGUUCGGGUUGCUCCGACAUUCCCAGACGUAUUCACCCAGUGUGGGCACUCCGAAGGCUAUACACAGGCUAUUUGGGUCAAUAGCGGGGACUUUUUCCAUGAAGAGAAUAGAUCAAGCAUAAAAAUCCCUCGCAUAGAGCGCAUUAUAAGGCCUACAGAUGAAGAGCUCGCCGACGGGGCUGCACCAUCAAAUGUAUUGCUUUUCUUUGGCAAGCUCAAGCAUCUUCAACACAAGUUCAACGAAUCUGCAGAACAGUUUGACGGUGCACAAGGCGUCCAAAGCUUUUUCGAUGGUCAACUGGACCUUCCAGGCAGUUGCCCAGAAGGCUAUGUUUGCAUUGAAGACAGCUGUCUCAUUGCAUUAACCUGCCUCAAUCAUAUAGUUUAA